UAAUCUGGCUUGGUCGACGCGCUCGUAUCUGACUUCUAACAGUCUAAAACCUACAGUCGAACGAAUAUGUACCGAUGUGAUAGCAUAUAGUUUAUAUUGCUAGUGUAAUCUCGGUAUAUAUGGAUUAUUAAAAAACUUUGUUGGUGACAACAGCAACACAAAAUAACAUUGAUCUCAUUAUUAUUAUUGCAAGUGAUAUAAAAUAAGAAAUGCAUCAAUCAUAGCCUUGUCUGUUGAUUACGAUAAAAGCUAAAUAUCACGUCAAGUGCUCAGUAAAUGAACAAAUAAAUCUGUCGUUUAAAUUUGAAAUACGAAAAUAUUUUCUAAUAUCAUUAGUGAUUAUCAAGCACAUUAAACAAAUCACAUUGAAGGAAUUCAGUGUAUCACGAUGAUCUUUACUUACGUGGCAUUUCUACUUUUAUUUUUUGGAACUUAUAAUGUUCACGGACUUAUAAAACCGCAACAUGACAAAGUUGUUGUUUGUUACGUCGCGUCUUGGGCAGCCUAUAGACCAGGAAAUGGUGCAUUUUCCUUAGAAAAUCUUCAUUCAGGACACUGCACUCAUUUAAUUUAUGCAUUUGCUGGUAUAAAUGCCUCAAAUUGGACAAUUAAAAGCCUUGAUCCUUGGGCAGAUAUGGAGAAAAAUGGAAUUGGCAACUAUAGAAAGAUGACGGCGCUUCGUAAGCAAGGUUUAAAAGUGUCACUCGGUAUCGGCGGAUGGAACGAAGGUAGCAUAAACUAUUCAACGAUGGCUUCAUCAUCGGAUCAUAGAAAAACUUUUAUCGCAAGCACCGUUGAGUUUCUCAGAACAUACGAAUUCGAUGGACUUGAUCUCGAUUGGGAAUUUCCUGGAAAUCGCGGGGGUGCAUUGCAUGAUAAACAAAAUUUUGUCAACCUUGUAAAGGAACUGCGAAAUACCUUUAGAGAGCAUCGCUUCUUGCUGACGGCAGCGAUAAGUGCGAACAAAGACAUUAUUGAUAAGGGGUACAACAUCUCUGAAAUUUCCAAAUACCUCGAUUACAUUCAUGUCAUGGCAUACGAUUAUCACGGAGCGUGGAAUAAGCAGGUUCUUCCAAAUACACCGUUGCGAAGCAAGGAUCAAUUAAGUGUGGAAGAUACUAUUACGUAUUUGUUACAACAAGGAGCGCCAGCCGAGAAAUUGGUCUUAGGACUGGCGAUGUACGGAAGAACUUUUGUUCUUACAACUGUGCCAGAAACACCAAAAAUAAAUCCAAUUGGUCUGCCCAGUCUAGAUACUGGAUUCAAAGGACCAUACACAUCCGAAAAUGGUUUUAUGGGAUUUAAUGAGAUUUGUGAAGCGUUGAUAUUGUAUCCGCAAGAAUGGACAACUGGAUGGGAUAAUUACAGCAGCACAGCUUACGCGAUUAAAAAAGACCAUGUUGUGGUUUACGAUGAUCGCAAAGCAAUUAUGAUCAAGGUGGAAUACGUAAAAAAACAAAAACUGGCGGGUGUUAUGGUAUGGAGCAUUGACACGGACGACUUUCAAGGGAAAUGUUCAUUGCUAAAUGAUGACAUGGCUUUGCUCGAUGGACACGAUUAUCCUCUAAUGAAAUCCAUUAAUGCAGUUUUGGCAAAUAACACGAUACCAUCCGAAGAGAAAAAUGAGCUAAACUCGUCAUCUAUGCAAUUAUCCUCAAGCAUCGUAUUUGCGCUUUCAAUCACGAUGAUUAUUUUUUCCUUUACGUAAAUCUAUCUUAAUUAUCAAUGAAUAUGAAUUAUGAAUGAAUUGAUAACAUAUUUAAUAAUUACAAAAAGCAUUAUGAAUGUGCUGACGCUCGCGUUCCUUUUAUCGAUAUUUCUUAUUGUUACGUCAUUUAUUUAGUCUGCGAUAUGAUAUAAUAUUGCGUGUGUUUGGGCGUGUCUGUGUAUUAAUUUGUUAUACAUGAAACAAAAGAAAUGAUGCUUAUUUUACAAAAAUAUAUAUAUAGGUAUAUAAACAAUUA